UUCACCUGCAUCAUCUCCUCCUAGUCCAAUAGCUUCUACAGAGAAACAAGCAUAGACAAUCCGAAGCUCCAAUUCUGAGCCACUCAGCAGAGAAAGCGAGUCCCAUUGCCAGAACUUAGAAAACCACCCUACCAAAAAUUGCAACUUUUCAACAGAAAUCGAUCAAUGGCGUCAAUAGCCACCUGCUUCACACUUCCACCGAAGCCGCGUUCUCGUCUCCUGUUCAAAGCCUCACUUUUCCCCGACCGUCCCAAAACCUUUCGUCUUAUCCAAACGCCCAUUUUCCCGGGCUUUGGCGCGAAGUUUCGAGAAUCUAGGGUUUUCGUGCCGGCUGUGAAGGCAAGCCUCGACGCCACCACUGCAAUUAGGCCCGGCGGUGCUGUCGAGAGCGAUAAGUUGCCUUCAGAUGUGAGAAAGCGAGCAAUGGAAGCUGUGGACGCUUGCGGAGGAAGAGUGACGAUUGGUGACGUGGCCAGUAGGGCUGGGCUCAAGCUCAAUGAAGCUCAGAAUGCUUUGCAAGCUCUCGCUGCUGACACAGAAGGCUUCUUGGAGGUCUCGGAUGAAGGUGAUGUACUCUAUGUUUUCCCCAAGGAUUAUCGAGCAAAGCUUGUAGGCAAAUCGUUUAGAAUGAAAGUUGAGCCUCUGCUUGAGAAGGCAAAGGCCGGGGCCGAGUAUGUAGCAAGGGUUUCAUUUGGAACUGCCCUAAUUGCUUCCAUUGUUCUUGUUUAUACUGCAAUUGUUGUUGCUCUGUCUUCUGGUAGAAGUGAAGAUGACAAUCGCGGAAGACGGGGAGGAAGGUCGUAUGAUUCGGGGUUCAAUUUUUACUUCAGCCCCACUGACCUCUUUUGGUACUGGGAUCCAUAUUACUAUAGGAGGCGACGACCACAAACAGAUGAUAAUAAGAUGAAAUUCGUUGAAUCUAUUUUCUCAUUUGUAUUUGGCGAUGGUGAUCCAAACCAAGGAAUCGAAGAAGAGAGAUGGAAGUUGAUUGGGCAAUACAUAGCCUCUAAUGGUGGAGUUGUUGCAGCUGAAGAGCUUGCUCCAUAUCUUGAAGUAGAAACUUCAGGGGGAACUCUGAAUGAUGAAACUUACAUCUUACCUGUUCUUUUACGGUAUGAGGGUCAGCCUGUAAUAGAUGAAGAGGGAAACAUUCUGUACCAAUUUCCAUCCCUACAGCGCACAGCUUCUACUCCAAGGAGUGGAAGGAAGGAAUAUGUGGGGAGAAGAUGGGCUGAUUUUGUUGGAGGAGUUGAUAAAUUUUUCAAGGAGAAGAAAUGGCAAUUCAGGGAAACAUUCUGUACCAAUUUCCAUCUCUACAGCGUACAGCUUCUACUCCAAGGAGUGGAAGGAAGGAAUAUGUGGGGAGAAGAUGGGCUGAUUUUGUUGGAGGAGUACUGCUAG